AUGAACUUCCGUGCAAGAAGAGUAACCUUGCCUGCCAUCACACCUCUUUGUCUGCAGAAGCGGGUAAUUAAGAUUUAUAAUGAAGAUAACACCAGCAGAGCGGUGGAGGUCCCUAGUGACAUCGUUGCCCGGGACAUAUGUCAGCUGUUUGCCUUGAAGAGCCACUGCAUCGACGAACACAGCUUGACUCUUUACGAGCACCUCUCCCAUCUGGGAAUAGAGAGAACUAUUGAAGACCAUGAGUCUAUUAUGGAGGUGAUAUCCAGUUGGGGAAUGGAUGCUGACAACAGGCUUAAUCUUAGAAAGAAUUAUGCCAAAUAUGAGUUUUUCAGGAAACCCUCGGACUUCUUCCCUGACCACAUGGUGUCCAUAUCCAGUGAAUCCAAUGGGGUGGUUGAUCACUCUCAACUUGUACAGAUCUUUCUCAGCUCCAGCACCUGCCCAGAAAUUCACGGACAUCUUCAUACCAAAGAGCCAAGCAGGAAGUCCUGGAAGAAGUUGUACUUUAUCUUGCGGAGGUCAGGGCUUUAUGUCUCCAGUAAGGGAACUUCUAAGGACCCUUGGCAUCUUCAAUUUAUCACUGACUUCACGGACUCAAAUGUCUACACAUUGCUGUCAGCCAAAAAAACACACGGGGCUCCCACCGACUUUGCCUUCUGUGUCAAGUCCUUAAAUUGCACUUCAUCCCGGGAUAUGAAGCUGCUGUGUGCUGAUGACGAGCAGACGAGGAUGUGUUGGAUUGCAGCUGUGCGAUUAUUCAAGUUUGGGAUGCAACUGUACCAAAACUUCAUGCAGCCACACCAGAAACAAAAAGCUUCUCCAAUGCGGAGCAUUUCUGAGAACUCCUUAGUGGCAAUGGACUUCUCUGGCCAGAAGAGUCGGGUGAUUGAAAACCCUUCGGAGGUUCUCUCUGUGGCCGUGCAAGAAGGCCUGGCAUGGAGGAGGAAAAGCUGUCACCGUCUGAGUGCACAUGGAAGCCCAUCUGCAUCCCAAAGUUCACUCAAUAUAGCUCUCCAUUCAGCCCAGCCCUGGUUCCAUGGCAAGCUAUCACGGGAUGAAGCUCAGCGUCUGAUCAUUCAGCAGGGUCCUAUUGAUGGGUUAUUCCUUUUGAGGGACAGUCAGAGCAACCCCAAGACAUUUGUGCUGUCACUGUGCCACAUGCAAAAAGUCAAACACUUCCAGAUCUUACCUGUGGACGACGCAGGGGAAUUGUCCUACACCCUCGAUGACGGUCACACACGCUUCUCAGAUUUGAUUCAACUGGUGGACUUUUACCAGCUGAAUCGUGGAGUGCUGCCCUGCAAACUCAAACAACACUGUACCGGGAUCACCCUGUGA